AUGGUCCCAAAAGGACACCAUUACCAAAAGGUGGUCCGCAUGCUAACUGAGAUACCUACAAGAGGAAGAUUGAUCUGUGCUGGCAGAAAGUCUAUUCUGACUGAUAGAGCAGGACUUCAGACUUACAGUAUGCUUGAUGAUGCUACUUCAACAAAAUUAGCCAAUUGUCUGCAAUCAAGAAUUAAAGCUGAGUCCACCUCUAAAGUUGAAGGCUGGGGCAAUGACAUGUCUUCUUCUUCUACUUCACCAGACAUGUCUGUGACCAUCUCACUGUUUCUCAAGACUGGGACCAGCAUUCAAGAUCAUCUGCACGGAAUCACAGAAAGGCAUCAACCCUAA